AUGUUUUGGGAAGUCACAGCUCCGUCGGAUAUCGUAGAUGGUAAUCAUCCAGAUUCUAAAAUAUUGACCACCCACGAUCACGUUGAUGAAAUGAUGACUGGACAAAAUCCUCCGGCUAAAAGAGUUAAAAAAAUUUUACCACCUUUCGAGCAAAACAGAAGAGAAAGAAACGUCGCACAAGACAAAAAUUUUUCUUCGACGAUAAUUAAUAAUAAUAAUAAUAAUAAUAAUGUUCGUUACGAGAGUGAAAAUGUGAAUGUGGAAAACGUAACAAGAAUGCAUAAAAGCAUUUGGGAUUUGCUUAAAGAAAGAGAAGAAUUUAUUGACGAAACGGAAAAUAUUGAUGAUAAAAUAAAUUUUAAAGAAAAUGAAACGAACACGGUAGAAAUUUCCAGCAGCAGCAGAAAACCCGUUUUUGAAAAUUCGAAUACCAUAGACGAUGACGACGAAACCGACGCUGUUGAAAAUUUUAAUCAGGGAUAUUUAAACGUUGAAAAACACGAAUUGCCAUUAUCCUAUGCUUUAUCAUGGUUACCGAGUAAAACGAAUACGAAAAUAAAAGCAGACGACGAUAAAAAAUCAACAAAAAUACCACGUGACAUAUCUAAACUAUUAGAAUUGACGGAAAAUUCAAAUUCGGAAACGGAUGCAACCGUCACCUGGUACUUGUUUUUACUCAUGGGUAACACAACAAUUAUUCAAUUACGAAGAAAAGAUUUUACAAAAUAUUUAAAACUUAAUUUGGCGGCACGUUUGAGCGUUGAAUAUGAUGACGUAAGAGUUAAUAAAGUUAUUUUGGCAUCGCCGAAAAUUCUCGUAAACGUGAGCGUUUUCAAUUCGUCGCCGGAUGAUUUCGCUGGAGAAUACAAAAAGGAUUUAAAAGAUAAGUUUAAUGAUAAGGGAGAAACGUCACUAUUUAAGCUAGCUGAGACAAAUGCAACUCUCCUGGAAUUAUCCGGUGAAGAAUAUCACGUAAUUAGAUUUUUAUCUCUUGAAUCUCAAAGACCGGAAGCGGAAGCGCACAAGGAUUCCCCAUCAUCGGUAACGACGUUUUCAUCAUCUCGGCAAAACGAUUUCGAAUUUAUUUUUUACACUUUUAUCGGUAGUACCUGUGCCUGCGGCAUAAUAUUAAUUUUUUUUAUCACUCUAAAUAAAUAUUUUCGAAAAAUAUCGGAUUUCGAUUGGCCGACCAUGAGAGUUAAAUCAUCGGCGUGGAAACUCGAAGAAAACAACGAGUCGGACAAAGACUCGGAUUUUACAAAUAUAUCACCGGCGGUUAUUUAUUCAGGUGGAUUUCCUCAAAUAAGAGGAUCUUGGAUGAGCGGUACUCGUCCACCAUCAACAGAUCAACCAUCUUCCGCAACAACAACAACAACAACAGUAACAAACAACAGCCGACAAAAAUCAAUAACGGAUUUUAAUUAUUCACCGCCGACUAGAAAACAACAAUCGACGUAUUUAUCCGAGCCUGAAAAUUUAUUUACCACGAAUUGUAGAAAACAAAGUAAAUUAGAAAUCUAUAAUUGUGAUGCUAAAAAUCUCGUCAUGAUACCCGUACUCGAAACUCAGGUCAACGUUGGAAAAAAUGACAAAAAAAUAUUUAAUAAAAUUAAAAAUGGCGACACGCAACCGUUAAAUUUAAAAAUAAAUAUCGAUAAAAACGGACAAGACAAUCCUUUAUUUAAAAAAUAA